CUCUUAGUAAAUUCAAUUUCUCUCUGAGUUAACUCGUUGCCAAGAAAGAAAUAAAAAAAAAUAAAAAUGAACUCGGACAUUCAACCUGCUGCGGCGUCGUAUUGGUGUUAUAGUUGUAAUCGCUUCGUUCACCUCUUGGACCGCGACGACGUCGUUUGCCCUCACUGCCGAAGUGGCUUCGUCGAAGAGAUCCACGCAGGCCAAUCGCCGGCGGUUUCUCUCUUCGCCGAUGGUUUUCACGCUUCUUCGAGGAGACAAGGGUUCCGCCGAAGACGCCGCAACGCGGGUAGCCGCUCGCCGUUUAAUCCAGUAAUUGUUCUCCGCGGUCACGGCGAGGACGGUGGCGUCGGUGAUAACGAUGGGAGUAGCUUUGAAUUGUACUAUGACGACGGUGAAGGCACGGGCCUCCGACCGGUGCCGCCUACCAUGUCGGAGUUCUUGCUUGGAUCAGGCUUCGACCGGUUGCUGGAGCAGUUUUCUCAGAUCGAGAUUAACGGAUUUGGCCUGUCGGAGAAUCCGCCGGCGUCGAAGGCGGCGAUAGAGUCAAUGCCGACGGUUGAGAUCGCGGAGGCGGAGGUGGAGACGGAGACGCACUGUGCCGUGUGCAAAGAAGCGUUCGAGUUAGGUUCGAAGGCGCGUGAGAUGCCCUGCAAGCACCUUUACCAUUCGGAUUGCAUUCUCCCAUGGCUCUCGAUGCGGAACUCGUGUCCAGUGUGCCGGCACGAAUUGCCGUCGGAUCAGAACCCACCGGAAAACAGGAUAACCGGUCAGAUCGAUGAAGAAGCGGUAGGGUUGACCAUAUGGAGAUUACCGGGAGGUGGAUUCGCCGUCGGGAGAUUCUCCGGCGGUCGGAGAACCGGCGAGAGUCACUUGCCGGUUGUGUACACGGAGAUGGACGGUGGUAGCAAUUCAAAUGGAGGUUCGACAAGAAUCUCUCUGGCAGUUGGAAGCAACAGAGUGAGGGAGAGUCGUGGAAUUGGAAGAAUUUUUCGCAAUUUCUUUUCCUUCUUUGGGAGAGUUGGAUCCCUGAAUAGAAGCCGUAGCUUUUCUACUUCGUUAUUCAAUAGAAGCUCACGGAGAAGAAGCAGAACUUGGAUCUUGGAAGAUUGAUUAUGGAGUUAUUUUUGGAAGAUUGAUUCAGUUAAGAUUCUUACUGUAAAUAGCAUAGAACUGGGUACUACUAGUUCGUUCGAAGGAGCAAAUUUACUUUUUCCCUAUGCAUCAAAUCAAUGGACGCCAGGUUUUGCAUUUUCUUCAUAAAUGAUCUCUGAAGGCUGCUCAUCACUGAAGGAGAAAUAUUGUUGUUGGUGGUGAACGUAUACUUGGGAAAAAAGUCAUACCUAUUCAUUUUCUCGCGUUGUUAAUUACACUUCAUUCGUUUAAUGUUCAUAUUAUCUUUUAAUUAAGCAUUCUUUUAAGCUUAUGUGUCUAAAGUUCUCCAAAUUGGUGACAUUCUUUUUCAAGGGAGGAGGAUGCAAAUUGUAUGAACAGCAACAGGGUUAU